AUGGCGUCUCGGCCCCGUCGUGCAACGGGAACGUCACACAGUGGGCCAGCUAAACCGAAGUACGGUCAAGCACAGGCUGAUUGGAUUAAGAAGGUGCAUUUUGAAGUGGAGGCGAAGGGUGCAUCUUUUUUCAAAGCUGGAAUUGGAAGAGACUGGUCGCAGAUUGCUCCCCAUGGUGGACGCAACACGUGUUUGAAUCAAAGAGAUCCCAUCGUGCUUGCAUCUACCAUGUACGUUCGCCCUGUUGCUUGCUGGAUUCCUCAUUUGCUGAUUCCCUCCCAUCUUCCGUCGUGUCCUCAUUGCGAGAAGAAUAACGGCAUCUCGUUGAACCCCAAGUUAGAUUGGGUGGCUACUCCCAAAAUCCUUUAUGGUUUGUAUGACCACCGGUAUUUGGACACCAUCUACUACAAGUGCGAACCUUGCAAGCGCAAGUUCACAGGCUACAAUGAAAAGUCUUUGGAACUGGAUUCUAACAAGCUCAUCGGCAUUUUCAACUUUCACGUUUCUCGAGGAGUUGGUGUUGACCAAGAGCUUUACGCCCACAUUGUGAAUCGCUCUUGCGAUCCCACCGCAGCUAUCUACCGCGGGAUUGCACAAGGGGUUGCCAACAGGUACAUCAACGACAGUCUAUUCUACUACCAAAGUUGUGCGGCAAAGAAGGUUGCAGUGGAGCCACGGAAAGUAGUCCCCGGAACAAAUCAACGUACGAUCGAUUCUAUGAUUAAGUUUGUUCCACCCCCAACCGAAUCCGAGAAGAAAAGACGCAAACUCGAGAAUGAUCUUUCACGUGCAAGGAGAGCAUGGGAGUGGGCACGAGAUCGAGCUACCGCUGACAUCACUUUUCAAGACAUUUUCAGACGCAAGUCCAACCGGAACAACCUCAACCUUUCUGUUCAAGGGUAUUGGAAAACAGAAGCUUCUUGCGAUGAUUGGUUGUGGAAUCUUUUCUGCUAG